CAUGUGUUGCAGGAAAGUCAAACUAAAGAGAAAGUGAUGCCUUUGUUUUUUACCUUUGCUGUAGGGAAGUUAUGUGAAACACGAAUAGCAGGUCAACAUGAACCUUUCAGAGUUCUGUCAUGUAUGUGCGGCGGAUGGGAAAUCCAAUCGACUACGAGUGUAUCAAAUCAACUUUGAUGAGGCUGUUCGAUUUUGUGAGGAUGACAAGUGUACCUACCCUGUCGGCCAGUCAUCUCCAGAGAGUAUAAUUGUCAAUAGGAAGUACACAGAAAUAUCACCAAGAAAAAGAACUCCUUCCCAAACACCACAGAGAGCGCAACCAGUCAUUGCCAAUAAGAAACAUGGAGAUGUCAUUCCAUGCUCAGCAAAUGUAAGGAAAAUACUCAGUUCUACAAUCAAGCCUGCAUGUUCUUCAGCUGUAGGAAAACCUCAUACACCAUAUGUACCAGGAAAAUUAGGAACAGUUAAAUAUGAGGAGCCGUUAACAAACAAAGGAGCACCCAUUUGCCAGGAGGACAGGAGAAUCAAAACAAAAACUCUCUUAUUCCCACAGUGGCAGAAUAAAGAAGCAUUAUGCUGGCUUGAUGUAGUAAUGUGUUUAUUUGUUCAUUGUAAAAAGCUGCAAGAAUCUUUUCAUGAAGCAGACAAAUCUGUGCUCAAUACACUAUUCACUGCCUACAACCAGGCCUGCAGCAUUCUUAAUGCCUCACAGGAAUUGAUACCUUCUGGACGGAAGCUUUCUACCUGUUUAACAGACCGUAAAGUUCAACAAAUGUCUGGACGUCCAGUUGCUGUACAGAAGUCCUCUGACAUUGUAAACAAAUUCCAACAUCUCUCUGUAGUUGAUAACGGAAUAAAAACCGGUGCAGGGAUGAAACUCAGUUCCGAGCUUGUUUCUGAAUUUCAUCCAGUUGAAGAUAGAUAUCAUAAUGCAUUUUCCAUUUUACAAAAUGUUCGAGAAACUGUCUUUCAAAAGCUUCAGCCGAGUUUGCAGUGUGAGAAGGGAAAAAAUGAUAGCCCUUUGUUUGCCAUUCCUCUCCUGGUAAAGGGGGAUUCUGAUGCCGAAAAGAUGAUGAUGAUGAAGUAUAGGUUUGAUUUUCACUGCAGGGCUUGUGGGUAUGAACAAAGUGACUGUUAUGAACAGGUACUCCCAACUAUUCCAAAACCUCCCGAGAACUUAGACUUGGCAGAACCAACCACUGAACGAUCCUGCUUUAAAUGCAGGGCACCCUGGCAGCAACGCAAAAUGGUAUUUGAAAAAUUAUCGGAGGUGGUUAUUAUUCACUUUGUCGAGGGACUGAAGAGUAACAACCUAGAGAAACUGUCUUUUUCCUUUGGAGGAAAACUGUACAAAGUGAGGGGUCUAAUCCAGUACCUUAAUAACCCAGAUCAUUUUGUUACCUGGAUAUAUGACAGUCAAGAGUGUACUUGGAUGGAAUGCGAUGAUUUAAAAUCUCCAGUUUGUCAUUUCCAAAAACGUCCCUUCAGGGUCCCAGCAGAACAAAUUCACAUCAUCAUGUGGGAAGGUUCUCCCCAGUUGGACACAGAUAAGAUACUUGGUACUAAAGCAAAACCGAGUAGGAAGCUUUCCAAACAACAUCAGUCUGAGAAUGGAGAAACACCAAUGCCUGAGGAAUGUAAGCAGAGAUCUGGUAAGAGGUCAGUGACAGUCGGUAUCACAGCCUCACAGAGAAUGGGUGUAGAAGAGCCCGCAGAUCCCAGCUCCAGUAGAAAUACGGAAAAGUUUGUGUCUCCAUCAGUGCUGAAACCAAACAUGAUGGUCAAAUUGACUGACACAGGACAAAUAGUUCAAGUGCCAUCAGAAGUCAAAGGUCAAGAGCUACAGUCACCUGGUCAGUUGCCUGGUAACUUGUCUAGAAACAAUUGCUAUCCAGGAGAGAGUGGCAGUGAGAUCUCUAAUGUUCUUAACCAAGCUACCAUGCAAAACCAAACUGAAAGGAAAACUUUUUCACCUGCUUUGUCCAAUUCUACCAGUGUGUAUACACCAGCCUUUCUGAAGUCGCUGAUUCAAAGGAAAUCCAAAAACUCUCUAGUCUUACAAGCAGAGAAGAGGACGGGGAAAUCCAUUUCUGCUGUACAUGGUGCUAGUAAUAUAUCUAAGCCCACUGGAUCUAGUUGUUCAAACUUCAGAACUCCAUUCAUAGGAAAAAAGAAAUUUGAGGGCUAUUUUUCAACCAAGAAUUUAAAGUCUGAAAUGUCCCAAGCUUCUAGACUUGUGAGGAGUGCUAGUGUCUACUCCAUGUCUGGAGAUUCCUCGCGCCCCAACAGCCCAGCUCCAAGUUCCUACAGUGAUACUUUCACAGUACAGAAGCGGAAGUCUAAGAUGGUGGGAGAGGUGAAUGCCAAGCGAAGGAAAUCCAUGUGCAGUGACUCAAGUAUCAGCUCCCCAGAGUCAUUACCUCAAAAAGAAAUGAUGGAUGUGCAGGCUUCAGAGGGUUGUGAUGUCCUUCAGAGUCUAUACAGUGCUUUAAAUCUUACCAUGCCUGAAAGUUUAGAAUUACCAAGAGGUGCAUAUAAUGUUAAGGCAUCUACCUUAGAUUUCGAUGAUAAUGAAUUAAUUCCUGACAUUCAGGAUCUAGCUGAUUUUAUUGCCACUCCGGAAAACGAUGUUUCAACUAGUUUGGAUGAGUUUUUGGCUCAGUUAUGAAUUUCUGUCUGAAUUUUUGUAUUUUUAAUAGUGUUAAAAAGCAAAAGCAAAGGUUUUAGUAUUCAAGAUUUAGUUGAUGUAUUGUUUUCAUUCAUCAUUUUUGAUGUGCAUUUAGGAACUUAUUUUUCUCCUUCACUCAAAUUUUUAUAAUAAGACACAAUAGUUGAGAAUGAUGAUACAUGUAUAAUCAUUAUUUCAAUUGCUUAUACAUUAAUCAUAUCAUAAAUAUGUCAAUAAUAUAACAGAGUGAUUGAUCAGAGACCACAAAUGUGUUCCAGCUUAAAAAUCCUAUACAUAUAUUUUGUACCAUUGUUUUUUUACAAUUGUUAUUUUUACAUUUUGUUAAAAUAUUACAUUAUGUUUUCCAAAAACAAAACACAGUAGUUUUCUUUCACAGUUUUAGAAAAAAAUAUGGUUCAGAAAUGAGAUAAAGUAGAAAUGUUUAAAGAUUUAUUUGCCUACAUUUAAUAUGUAGCAUACUAAUUACUAGGUCAAAUUAUUGUCUGUCUUGAUUGGCCCCCAUGUAAUAUUGUCAGAAUAUUAUGUGUUCAAGUCAAACAUUUGAUUAGCAAAAGGUAUCUGAAUCAAACUCUGUUAUAGGGCAAAUUAUAGUCUGUCAAAAUCACACAUUUUUAUUGGUCAAAUCAUUGUCUGUCAGAAUCAAACUGUUAUAGAUGACAAUUUUUUUGUCUCACUGCUUCAUUUUUGAAAAUCUAAAUGUGGUUAAGGUCAUUUUUGUAUUGCUUGAGAAGGUCUACUUUGAUAUUGUCUGUCUGUUUGUAUUAAGGUCAAUUAUUGUUAGAAAUAUUUUAAUUAAGGUCAUUUGCUUUCUCUAGAAUUCACAUGAGAGACAUAUUGAUUCAUGUUUUUUUUUCUUGUGGUGUAAAUAGCCCCGGUUUAAAAAAUAUGGAUUCAAAUUUAAGUUCAUCUGAUUGACUGCGCUAAGAAACUUUGGAUUUGUCUGUCAUCUGGAAUUCUGAAUAACCCCCCAGAAAAAUCACCACCAGAAACAGAAAUUGGAAACUAGUUCUGUCGUCAGCAAGAGGUGUUUUAUAGAUGAUGUCCGUCAUCAACAAAAGGUGUUAAAUGAUGUCUGUUGUCAGCAAGAGGUGUUUUAUAGAUGAUGUCCGUCAUCAACAAAAGGUGUUAAAUGAUGUCUGUCAUCCUACAAAAGGUGUUAAAUGAUGUCUGUUAUCAACAAAAGGUGUUAAAUGAGUCCGUCUUCAAGAAAAGGUGUUGAAUGAUGUCUGUCAUCCACAAAAGGUGUUAAAUGAUGUCCGUCGUCGAGAAAAAGGGUCAAAUAAUGUCUGUCAUCAAAAAAUGGUCUGGAUGACAAUGUGGGAAUGCCCAAACAAGGAACAAAAAAAUGAGUGCAGAAGAGUUCGUCGUCAUUAACUUGUAAACGGCCCCUAUUUAGCUAAGAGCUCAAAAGAGCUCUACAUCUGUCUACAUUUACCUGUUCCGUAUAAUUGCAUUACAAGUCUCGGUGUGUAAAACUUUGUAGUGCAAUAUUCAAAGUUUUAACAAAGGCAGUGGAAUUCUUCAGUGAAAUCGACGAAAGAUUGUCUGUGUCUAACAUUCAGUAUGAAAGUCUGUCGUCUGCGGUAAAGGAUGUAAGGAUGGAUUAAAAAACAAACGGAUGUGUUGCAUGUCCGACCUCUAUUUGAUGUUGAAAUGGAGGUAAACCAAACUUGAGACAUGGAAGAGAUAUAAUUUAUGUUCAUUUCUUUGAAUAAUUUGUAAUAAUAAAGUUCAGUAUUUGUUAUUUGUAA